CCUCCCGUAGCGCUUUUGCGCAUGCGUGAAGGGAACAGCGCGGUGCGGGGCCGCGCCCAGUGUGUGCCGCCGAAAUGCGUCCGGCUGCCCACAGCAGGACCAAGGGCAGCCGGGGCGGUGCUCGGCUGUAGGUGUUCCCUUGCCGUAAUGGCGCGUAGAGCAGUGGUGGGCUGUGCUUCAGGGUGACCCCUUACAGCCGCGCUUGACGGCGUUGGACCCUUUAAAUGGUUACACCGGGCGCCGUUCCGGUGCUGCUGCGGUGAGCCGGGACAGCGAUGGGGCCGGGAGACCUGGUGCAGAAGAUCAGCAUUAGCGCCGAGACCCCCCGCGGGAGCGAGAGGAACGAGUCCGGCUCCGCGCUGGCGGGCGCUGAGAGGGGCCCCCCCGGCUCCUGGAGGCAGAAAUGCGCGGCCUAUGUGCUGGCGCUCAGACCCUGGAGCUUCAGUGCGUCCCUCACCCCCGUGGCGCUCGGCAGCGCCCUGGCGUACCGCGCCGAGGGAACGCUGGACCCGAGGCUGCUGCUGGGAAGCGCUGUCACCGUCCUGGCCGUGCAUGGGGCCGGCAACUUGGUGAACACCUACUACGACUUCUCCAAAGGCAUCGAUCACAAGAAGAGCGAUGACAGGACGUUGGUGGACCAGAUUUUGGAGCCCCAGGACGUGGUGUGGUUUGGAGUCUUCCUUUACACUGUGGGCUGUAUCUGUGCGGCUGGGCUCUACACUCUCUCAACGCUCAAGCUGGAGCACCUGGCCCUGAUUUACUUUGGAGGACUUUCCAGCUCCUUUCUUUACACUGGAGGAAUUGGAUUUAAAUAUGUUGCCCUUGGAGACGUGGUGAUCCUGAUCACCUUUGGGCCCCUGGCUGUCAUGUUUGCCCAUGCUGUGCAGGUUGGUUAUCUGUCUGUCUCGCCGCUGCUCUACGCUGUCCCGCUAGCGCUCAGUACUGAGGCCAUCCUGCACAGCAACAACACGCGGGACAUGGAGUCUGACCAGCAGGCGGGUAUUGUCACCCUGGCUAUCCUCAUCGGCCCUGCCUUCUCCUAUAUUCUCUACACCGCGCUACUCUUCUUGCCCUACCUGAUUUUCUGUGUGCUGGCCACACGCUAUACCAUCAGCAUGGCGUUGCCGCUCCUCACCAUCCCCAUGGCCUUUUCACUGGAGAGGCAGUUUCGGAGUCAGAGCUUCAACAAAAUUCCUCAGCGGACAGCCAAACUCAACCUCCUCCUGGGGCUUUUCUAUGUUUUUGGUAUUACGCUGGCACCUGCUGGUGCUCUGCCCAAACUGUAACGAAAGCUGUAGAGACAGACCUCACAAUUCAGUAUUAAUGCCAAUUAACAGUGGAUGAUGUGGGGAGAUGACCCACUAUGGACAGUGGGAAGAAUGGAGAGACCAUGUUGAGCUGUUGAUUGUAUGUGAAUUUGAUGAUUUCUGGUCUUGGUUAGCUUGUGCAACAGUCUUUAAAAAGUUAUUUGUCAGUUCUUCGGAAGGGGUGAACUGUACAGCUUUGCUUCAGUGUGGAGCAAGGUGACAUGAGGACAAGGAAACGUUUAAAGAACCUCAUCCUUCUGCCACUGGAUUCUUUCACUGUCAACUCAACGAAAGUAAGAUUGAGCCUCAAAUACACACUUGCUGUUACCUUCACAAGCACAGUGAUUGCUCUUAUCACUCCUUUUCUUACCAUGGUCAAGGAGUCUCAUGUCUCCUGUGUGGUAAACAGAAAACACUGCCAAAUGUUUAGCAUCACAACGAUGUAGGUGCUAUUACUUCACUCCCUUGUGAGCAUAGUUCAUCUUCAUCUGUUGUAUGUUUUGUUUUUCCAAGACAAAUUUUGAGCUUUUAUUUCCAAGCCCCCUGAAAUGCACUAGAUACUAAUUCAUUAACUGUUGUUUCUGCCUGGUCCUGAUAGUCUAGAAAUUUCAGUGUUAUGUAUCUCUGGGGAAUGUUGGUGCUAAAAUGGAGCACGAAUAGCCCACUGCACAAACUUUAAGCCAAAAUUUGUAUUCCACUAUGAAAACAGAAGCUGUAAAUGCAAAUCAUACAACUGAAAAGCCCUCAAUGCCUAGAAAAACAAAUUUUUUCAAUUUUUGCAAUUGCCUAGAAUUUACUAUUUGAAAUGGCAGUCUUGGAGUUAAGGCAGAGCCAAAAUAGUGACAGUUAUCCAUUAGUCCAUAUCCAGCCAGAGAAAUCUGAGUGGAAGAACAAAUCUUAGUUUAAAAAAAUAGAUAUUUUUUCAAUUAUCAUUCUCCAUUUAUUUAGGAGCCUGGACUAUUCCAGUCAAGUGUUUUAUUAUAAGAAGCCCAAAGAGAAACUCUGUUCAGCAUAGGAGAAAAUACAGGUUUAGAAAAAUGAAAUCAGGAUUAUUGCAUUGUCUCUGCAUAAAAAUUAGGGCUGGAAACAGGAAGAAACCAUUUUUCUUAACAAGAUUUUUCCUACUAGUCCAGAGUGAAUCACAUUUAAAUGUUAAGUUAGCUCUGAAGUUCCUCACCUCUUCCUGCCCCAUACACCUUAUGAUUUUGUUUUGUUUUCUCCUGCAGAUGUUGCCACUUGACAUUCAUGUGGCAAUUUGGAGAACUGAUUGUUUCAGCAAUUGUGUAGCAGUGUGAAAAACAUGCCAAACACAACUGGGAAAAAGCGUGACUUCCAGUGCAAAGAUGCAUUUGAUCCAUACCGUGUUACUCAGUGGCAACUGAAUUCUCUUCUGUGUUGGAGAAGAAGUAUUCCUUUCCUGUAUGCAGGGGUUUGGGGAAAAGAUUGUUUACAGGUGUUGUAGAAAGCUUCAAAGGGAUUGAUAGAGAUGUUGAACUAGAGCUGCUGGUGCCUGGAGCACACCCUUGCUUUUGAACCAAGUGGAAGUGUGCUAACCACUAAUUGAAGGGCUUUUAAACAUGAGCAAUAAACCAGCAAUAAAGUGGCAUGGUGGUAUCUUACAUCUGUCUUAGGUAAGUGUUGCCCUUGGGGGGUCCAUCUGAAAGUGCUGACUGUUAUAUUAGUGGAGUGUGCUGACAGUGGUAAAGCUGAGUUGAUGGUACAAAAUUACGUGGUAUAGACAGUUAAGUGACUUUUUAUGGCUUCAUGUUGUCCAGUGUUAUCCAGCUGUCAGUCUCCUGCUUUACAGCUGAGCUGUAGUCAAUGAGAAUGAUUCUUUGGAGGUGUAUUUUAUGAGCCACAGUUUCAUCUUUUAUUAAAAUUGGGCAAAUGAUCUCUCUAAUCUGACUAGACACAAGAAAAGAGGAGAUGGACUUCAGCAACUGCGUGCUGCUUGCUACAGUAAAAUACCCGUUUAGAUUGGAAACAUGAGGAGAAAAUGCAAAAGUUCAGCUCAGCUGGAUGCAGGGAGAAGGUUUAGGAAACUGUUUUCAAUACAGACACAACACAGUAUCUGCUGUUACUUCCUUGUGGACCUACAGAAUAAAGAACAGUUAGUCUGGCUCUGAGACACACUUCACUUUUUGGCAAAGCAAAAGCUUUUCUAGGGAUAUGGCCAGAGCUGGUGAAUCUAUAACCUUGCAGCUGGGGAUAUGUAGGUUUAUUAGGUUAAUCCCAGCAUGGCUUUGUUGCUGCCCUGUGUAGCAGCUGCGUGCUUUAUUUUGUGAUACCUUGUUCUUGUAUAGCCAUCAGUUUAAAACGAUGGACAGUUACAUUUUUCUACUCCUUUUACAUAAACUAGAGUACUCAAGCUAAAUUCCUUAACUAAUACUUGGCUCAAAUCUUUGAUAACGAAUUGUAAGGGUGGAAAGAUCUAGGAUCUGAUCAUUGGUGGAGUAGAGUAUGUAACUCUAAUUGUAUCUAGGCUGCCCUUUCCUAGCAAGAAAAAGCCCCCUGUGUAGGGGGUCUCCUUACUGUGGGAAAGGACCAGGGCUUUUUGUUACAGAGAUGAAGGAAGAGCUCACUAGUACAUGUGUAUCUUUGUGGAACACUUCUUAAGGUGGGGGGGAUUCAAAGCAUUUCAAUAGUAAGAAGGAGAUGAAAAAAUCAGUAAUUCCUUACUAGCAGAUGCUGGUUGCCUCCAAUUCCCUGUCUGUGAAAAACAAUAUCAUUCCAGGUUCUUAAGGCUAUUAAUAAUAAAUAACACAUUCUUCAUCAUGGCUUUAAGGAAGUUAUUUAACUUCUCUGCCUCAGAAAACAGCUAAUUUUUGCCUACCUCACAGGGAUGCUGAGCCGACAUCAUUGUCGUAGAGAGCUUUGAAAGUAAAAAGUGCUUUAUCUCUGUGUGCUUUCCAAAAAGCGUGUUAGUACUGGAAAACAUUUUAGGUAUGAACUAACCUAACAGGUGACUUAACCAAUGUAGGUAGACCAAAAAAAUCUCCACAUAGACAUUGAGUGGUAAGAGAGAUUCCUUUAUGGGUUUGUUUUGUGAUGAGUGCUGGGUCUCUUUCCCUACCCCAUGCUACCUUCCCUGAAUAUAAUCUUCUAAAACUUCUUCCAGGUCUCUCUUGACAAGCUGUGUUGCAAUGUGAUGAGUCUACGCUGGUAGAUGAACAGAUCUGUAGCCCAUCUGUUAAUGCGUCCUAAAGCACCUCCUGGCCUUUCUUCUUAUCCAAUAAAGUGUCUGAAUGUUAUUCUGUUAA